AUGGUACCGCGACCACCCUGCGUGACGGAGCUCCUCAAGCGGGAUCCCCCACCCGUCAGCUUGUCCAAUCUCAGCGAUACUAAGAACCCGCCGUAUCGGGCCGAUCUCUCAGAUCAGAUCGCGUCGCCUAUGUGUCAUCCCGCUCUUGAGGCUGCACUCCACCUGAUGAACGAUGACUUGUUCUCGGCGCAUUUCCUGCUCCGGAAGAUGCAAGAGGAUGAAUGGGCAAAGUGGUUGCACGGUAUACUUCACUUGAUAGAGGGCGACCUAGAGAAGAACGCCAAGCUAUGGUAUCAGCAAGUCGACCCCAAGGUCCUCUCCACCUACUGGGGCGCCGACGACCCCGCCGCGGCCGCCAUCGAGAACAUGUACCGCGUCAAGCGGAUCAAGGACGGGGAGGAGAAGGAUCCGGAGGAAGACAAGAAGGCGCGCCGGAUCAAGUGGGAGGAGUUGACGAGUAUCAUGGAGUCGUUGGAGAAGGAGCAUGGGUGGGAUGCGGUGGACGGGACCAAGUUCUAUACGAAGGAUGAGGACCCGUCUCAUCAGAGUUUGGUAAUGAAACAGAAUAGGCGGGAUAUGUGA